GGCGCGCUGGGGCUGAGCCUGGGAUUCCCAGGCAGUAAUGGAUGCCACUUGGCUGAGGUUGCAAUGGAGCUGCACUGAGCUGGUUGCAGGGGGCUGCAGUCUCCAGCAGGCACUCACCACAGGGACCCACCAAGGAGAGAGUGCAGCCUGAGGGAGCACAGCUGCAAAGACCCAUCUUCCUCCAAACCCCUAUCUCCUGUGGUGUUGCUCAGGACUCUUUCGAUGAUGAAUUGUUCUUUGAACAUACUUCUGUUCCACUACACAAUACAAAAUGCACAGCUCAACUGCUAAGGGUAACCUUCCUGUAACCAGCACCGAUUUUAUUCGGAUGUUAUCACAGAUACAUUCGGCAGUGAAGAUGACUGUGGUGGAGAGUCCCCCCAGCUAAGACUAGACCGUUGGCCAUGAUAUUCACCACUCAUAAAACCCUGCCUUCCUCAACCACACAGUGACAGGCCUGCCAAGCUGCAACAAGUAAGAAUUUCAUUACUCCAUUGCCAGUACAUACGACCAUCAAAUACUAUUGACUCCUGACUAAGCAUAACUGGGAAAAGUGUAAGUCACAAAACUUUAAAAGAAGAUUCCUGGUCAUAAAAUUAUAUGCUGGUUUACAAUAGUACUCCAUUGUCCCAUCAGUUCAAUGGAGAAAAGCAAUCAUCAGGACCUAAUACAAUGGGAUGAAGAGCUGCAGACCAACAUCAACAAGGGAUUUUGUAGCCCUGAUGAUGUGCUGAACCUAUGUGGAGAACAAGUGGUCCAUGCCAGACCUCCACAGAGUUCAGGAGGGGAGGAAAACACCAGUUUGCAGCUGAGUGGCAUGGAGGGGGUCAGUGGUGGGACCACCUGUCUUCUAGAGCAUGAGCAAUCCCUUGAUGGGAUCCCACCGCAGCUGAGGACACUCGCGGGCUCGAGACACGGGGUAGAGUUUGACAGUCAGUUCCCCGACCCCCCCAGCUACAAGCCAGCGAGUCCGUUAGAACCGCAAGUCCAAAAGGAACCAAUUCAAUCUGAUCCAAGACCAGUGGGAGCCAAGCUUGGACCUGCUCCAACACAUCCACUGCUGACGGAGAACUUGAUGGCUGCUCCCAACCAUUGCAGCCAGCCAAGUUCUUUCAACACUUGCCUGCCAGAGAAUAUCUUGGACGGAAUAAAUCUAAACCUUUCCGAAGUAGGAGGUAAGGGAUUGCUGACGACUUACAUGCACGAGGAGCAGGAUAUGCACACGCUAAGCUCGGUCCGUGGCCCGUCCGAGGAUGGGAUGUUGUACGGGUUUGAUUUGUCCUGUGACCGCGAUGGGAACCAGUACACCGCACUGGACCAGAUGUCCUACGAGUACGAUGUGACGUGCGGGGAGGAAGUGCAGUAUACCUCUUUGGAUCCGGUUUCCUACAGCUUCGACGUGUCUUGUGAGACGGAAGAAGAUAUAAGCACUUCGGUCGACCCGAUGUCCUAUGAGUUUGAAGUUGCCUGUGCGAGAGAUGACGACGGCAUGGUGUGCUUCCAUCAAAGUCCCGUCGAUGGAGGCAAGGGAGAUGCGGCGAUGUCAAGUGAAGGCGGCGGAGAGGCGACCAGUGCUCUCUGCUCCUGGCCCGAAACCCAGCUCGCAAUGGAACCUCUUGAGCAUCAAAGUAGCACGGAGAGUUCUUCUCUUGAUACGCCCGUCAGGAACGAAGGCAGCUCCAAAACAACGGCCAUGGCAUCCCAAGAGCAAGAAUCGCCAGUGAAAGAGGCUCAUCGGACAGAACAAGCUCUGACAAGCGAGAAUACAGCAGCAGAAAUGAAGCGAUCUCCAGAGAGCGAUGAAACAACGACUGUUCACUACCUCCAUUACCUCAGUAUCUCGCGGGACAAGGAGACGAGUGGGUCUGGGAUGGAUGAAUGCUUCAGUGAGCAGCACAUGGGUGGCAGUGUCGAGCCAGCCAAUACCUCUGUGGCCAGUUACACUCCCAGUCUUUGUCGAGCUGCGUCCUGGGACCGUACAGCUGCAGCAGCCGACGGCUGUCUGGAAAAUCCCUCCCAGCCCACUGGGGAAAUCUCCGCAGAAGACGGCCUGGAUUCUUCAGUGGCUGCCUCAGCUCCUCUGCUCAGCAAACGUUGUCCGGCCCUUGCUGCUGACCCUCCUGGCCUGUCCAUCUCAGGCAAUACAGACGGGCAGGUUGUCCAAACGACUGAAGGAGAAACUAGGACGAUUCAGCCGGCACUUUCUUUGUUUGGGAACGAAGAGGGGAAAUCUCAGGGAAGGCCUGCUAGUCAAAAUGGAGAUGCCUUAAUGGAACCUAUACUGGUUCAAAGAGAACCGAGCAUUAGUCCUUCCAGAGAAAAGCCACCCAGCGGAGAAGAUCCAGACUCGCCUACGGACCAUUCCCCUGGUGAUUUUUCUCUGCAGGUCUCCACCGCAAGAGGACACUCCAUUCCCAAUUCGGCCUCAGCGAAGACCGUGUCUAAAUCAGCAGCCAAGACACGUUGGGCGGAGAUCCUGGGAAGGGCAGGAGAAGAAACGAGAACGAGUUCUGACUCUGACUCUGAUGGAACAUCUACAUCUCAGAAGUUCCGUCCACCCGUGAAUGAGGAGAGGACCAUCUCCAAGGGGUCGGAAGAAACAGAGUUGGCCUCCUUGACCAAUACCACCAGCAAAGGACGAGACGGAGAGCAGCUGGCCGUUUGUUCAGAUGUUCCUGAAGCAGCCCAAGCACGGGCACGGCAGCAGAGGGAGAAUGAGAAGCAAGGGAGCGGUGGGCAGCACGGCUGGGGGAUCCAAGAGUUGGAAGUCGGCUGUGAUGCCACCUCCAGAGAGACGGCAGGGUCAGAAGAAACUUUGGAGCCACGAUUGGACCCAGCAGAAAAGCACAAGGCCAGUAAGCUGCAGAAGGUGGAUUGCCAGAGGGAGUGCAACCAGCCAGAGUCGGCCAGUGUGAGGGAUGGUGAGGAGCUGAGACACACUGGGUCUUCCGGCCAACCGUUCCUCUACACCUGCACCAAGUGCAGCGUCUACUUCCAGGACAAGGACUACCUGCGUAGGCACAUGCUCGACCACUUCGAUGGGCAGAGUGCGGAGGGCUCGGCAGGAGGGCUCGGCCCGUUCAGCUGCCAGGAGUGCGGCCAUUCCUUCUGCGACCCGGCCUCGCUGCGGUCCCACAUGGGUCUCCACCAGGCCCGCAGAGCGAGCUUCAUGGAGGCCAUACAGGAGUUGGCAGAACCACGGGCAAAGGGCUGCGGUGCCAGGCUGCAGUGCCCCCAUUGUAAGUUCGGUACCAACUCCCCCGCCCGGUUUGAGGACCACGUGAAGAAGCACGCCCGCCUGGCGCCACCCCCGUGCAAGCUCUGCAAGGCUCAGGCAGCCACGGCCAGCGAACUGCAGGAGCACUGGUUACUCUGCCAUCCACACUCCCUCCAAGAGCGCAAGACUCCGUGUGUCCCUAAUCCCAGGACGCCACCUCUGGCCGCCACGGUUGGCCUGCAGGCGGGCAAGGAGCACCCGCCAGCUGGGCGAGAUGAGAAAGGUUGCGUGAAGUUUGGCCGACUCUCCCCCUUCCAGCGGAAGCCGGGCCGAUCGGCUUGGCCGUCUGCCAGCCAAGGCUCCGGCCAGUCGGGCAAGUGCGAGAACUCCCAAACGUUCCCGUCCGGCAGUUUGCCGGAGAGAGCAUCCCUGCCUUCUGCGGCCAAGGGCCCGAGUCGGUAUCAAGCCAAGCACCCGUUGUGGCGCGGGGACGCAAAGAGGAAAGCGAUGUUGGAGACUGCGGGGAGCAGGGGCGGCAAGUUCAGAAUGCACUCGCUGGUGGGUACGGCAAAGGGCAGCCGGCCUCACAGUGUGCCGUACGGGUCACCAACCGACCUGUGCCAGUACCUGGGCUUGCAAGAUGCCGCAAGGGCAGCCCUCUUCCCCUUAGCCGAAGAAAGCUACAACCCCCAGAAACUGGCAACCGAUUCCGCUCCAGGCCAGCAGUGGAAGGAAUUAGAAGUGGGAAGUGAAGGGGUCGCAAACCUCAGAAAUGCCUUAACUUACAGGAAAGUCAUCGUUGACCAUCGCCCGGCCCAGGCAACCAGCUGCGGACCUCCAGUCCCCGCGCCCAGCGCCACGGAAGUAGAAAGAACUUGUGGCGUUUCGAUGGAUCCGCAGGUGAAGGGAGUCGAGCAGAAGGUCUCGGAGUCAGCGGGACACGUCGACAAUGCGCGGAGCUUUCACGCGAAGAAGAGAAGACAGUCGGGAGCACUGCCUGGUGCCUCCUGCAGACCCAGAGCAGUGAAGAAGCACACAAAAGAGUUGCUGGAGACUAUAAACCUUCCCCUGGACCUUCCAGUCGACCAACGUCAGCAGUUAGUGAAGAUGACACCUUUAAUAUUGCUUGAAGACAUGGACAGACAGUCAGUCAGCAAAUCGACUUCAGAUGACCAGGUCUUCGAAUCUUCUUCAGAGCCAUUGGACAUUCGUCCACAGAAUGAACCCGUGAAUGGUCUUCCAUGUGAACCGACAGAAACCCAUUCGAUUCACAAACCUACGGACGAUAUUCCUCAAGUUGAACCCAUGGAAACCCAUUCACGUUGUAUAGCUGGCAACAGCCAUUCACAACACAAGUCCAUCGAAAUCCGUUCAUACGAACUAAUAGAAAACCGAUCACUGUGCAAAUCCUUCAACAGCUAUCCUCUACAUAUAUCCCUGGAAAACCAUUCACAUGAACCAUCAGAACCUCAUUCACAACACAACCUUGUUAACAGCCAUUCACUGCUCAAGAAAACUCAUUCACGUUAUGAAUCCAUCUGCUUCCACUCGCAGCGUGAUACCCUGAGCAGUUAUUCCCAGUCUCACACCUUCCCUGAAGAAAGGGAAUUGGAUUCUUCACUGGAAGCGCAGGUAGACAGAGGCCUCUUCUGGGAGGUCCCUGGUGAAGAUCUGACAAUCGACCUGAUGAAAAAAUCCAAAGAUCUGUUGAGCAGGAACUUAUUGCGCAUGUUUCCGCUGGAAGAGAGAGAAUGUCCUUACUGUCCAGAUAAAUUCCACACCGGGAUAGGUCUGGCUAACCAUGUCCGUGGCCACCUUAAGCGAGUUGGCAUUAGCUACAACACACGGCACUUUGUCAGCGCAGAAGAGGUCACGGCCAUUGAAAAGCAAUUCUCUUUACAGAAGCUGAAGAGGAAAGCGUUGAAGUUCCGGGGCGGUGUUGUGGAGAAGUGCAACUUCUGCGGCGCCAGCUUCGACUCGCGGGCGGGCAUGUCGAGCCACGCACGGGCACACCUGCGGGAGCUGGGCGUCAUGACCUGGAGCGCCACCAGCUCUCCCAUCGACCUGCUCAACGAGCUGCUUCACGACCAGGUCCCCCCCGCCCUCGCUGACGGACAGCCCAGCCCCGACCCUGCCUCCAGCGGGCACACCAGCCACCGGCCAGGCUCGGACCCACCAAACGCCCGUCUGCCGGCGAAAGUGUUCACCUCCGCCAACCGCAACUCGCCACCACCGAGAAACAAGGUGGUGAUAAUAGAUCCGGACGAUGAUGAAAUGUCUGCUCUGGUGCUGGACUUGCCGUCUGGGCAUAGUUCUGGAGAAACCGAAUUGCAAGAGAAAAAUGGAUUUCUGGGGGCGUUGGACGAUAACUCGCAUCCCAAGCAGUGUCUUUCCAAAAUUUCCUUGGUCAGUCAAGGGGAGGAUUCACUACAGUCGAACAAAUUGCUGAAUUCCUGUCAGUUAUGUGGCACCUGCUUUGAAACUCGUAAAGGAUUGUCGAGUCACGCACGCUUCCACCUGAGGCAGUUUGGAGUACCGGAUUCAGAAAGCAGUGGUGCCCCCAUUGGUACAUUGUAUGAACUGAUGAAAAGAAAAGGGAUACCUAAUGUUUUACCCUCAGCUUUGGCUAAUGAUAAACCACAAAGCUAUGCACCAAAGGACAUGUCUGGUUUAAAACAAGAGGCUCUUGGCAAACCACUCGGGGAGGAGUGUCAAGGUGAAACAACACCAACAGCUAAAUCGCCAAAGUUGGGCAUGAACAGCCCACCCAAGGGUCAGUCUCAGACUUCAACACUCAAGAAAGUGCACCCCAUUUUACCAAAGCCAGUGUCCAGUAAAUCUCCAGAGCAAGGGAAAGCUGGUAGAUCAUUGAUGAACACUCCUCAGACAUCAGGAGAACUACUGUCAAAGAAACUAUUUUGGUCUCCUCAAGAUGACAAUACACCUUUAAACCUCACAGUAAACAGUGAACACAUAAGCUGUCGGUUGUGUGGUGCCUGCUUUGAAACCCGGAAGGGGCUGUCAAGCCAUUCCCGAGCUCAUUUGAGGCACUUUGGAGCGGUGGAUAUGGAUUCCAAAGGAUCUCCGAUUGAAGCUCUGAAUGAAUUCAUUAAGAAAAAAGGGAUCCAGAACGCUUUAUCAUCCAUGCUACCGAUGAAGAAAGCGCACAGCUACCAUAAGGUGGCUGCCCUCAAAGCGGAAAGGAGCAAUUUCAAAUUAGGAUCACCAGUCAACAAGAAAACAUCAACAUCUCAUUCAAUGUCAACACAGAAAAAGCUGAAGCACGUUACCAUGGGAAUGCAUAUGGCAUCUGGGAUUUCUCAGGCCUCGAGUCCCAAUGGGCUGACUUCCGAAUCUUAUUGGUCAACGUCACCUAUAAAUCUGUCGAUUGAUUCAACGCCUAGCAAAGAGACGCGUUGUGAAUUUUGCGGUGAUUACUUUGAGAACCGCAAGGGGCUGUCAAGUCACGCAAGGUCACACCUGAGGCAGUUUGGGGUGACCGAAUGGACAGUUAAUGGUUCGCCAAUAGACACAUUGAAGGAGCUCAUGAAAAGGAAAAUGCAUCCUUUUGAAUCAUCUGUCACACCUGGGCUCAAAGUGUCCCCAAAGCCAGUGGCGACUGGCAUGAAAUCACCAACUGUGAACACACAUGCUUUCUCGCACGCCACGGGUAAAUCAACUAAGUUCAGUCUGACCAUUCCAUCCGUCCGGCAGGUUCCAUCGGGAUCACUCCUACCCAAAAAGGUUCAGGGCCAAUUUCUCUCCCCGUCACCAUUGAAAAAGAUGAAACCGAACCCGCUGAAAAGGGUGAAACAGGAACAUUUCAAAAUAGAGUAUAACCCCGAAGAGCCAGCAACUUCACUGAAGAGCAACAGUUACUUACCAGAACAAAUGUGGCCACCCAGAGGAGAAGCUUCACCCCUCCAUUUAACAGUUGAUCAACCUAGCAAAGAUGUCCGUUGUGAAUUCUGUGGUGAAUACUUUGAGAAUCGCAAGGGACUGUCAAGCCAUGCCAGGUCGCAUCUGAGGCAGUUUGGGGUGACAGAAUGGACAGUGAACGGUUCACCGAUUGACACACUGAAGGAGCUGAUGAAAAGAAAGGGGAAGCUUGAACCAUUUGGCCACGACCCAGAGCAACGGGGGCUGCAACAGGACCCCCAGAACUACAAAUACGAGGAGAAACCCAUUGCUAAGCCAUUUGGACAUAUUAUUAAGUCACCCGUUAAGGUGAUGCAUCAAAAGCAUCUGACGCCCCAAAAUAGAAAAGUAUUGACCUAUACAUCUAACAGCCAACAUCCAACCUUGUCACCUCUGGGAAAGAAAAUACCCAUGGGUUUUGUAUCGACUGCAUCACUAAAGAAAUCCAUGCCAGAUGAAAGAACCAUGACACAUGAAUUGAAGCCCAGCUAUACGGAAUCGGGUUCCUAUAAGCCGAAGGCCACUUGGUCUCCACAGGAGAAGGUGACAACAACACCGGUAAUUGCUGCAGACACUUGCUGCGAAUUAUGUGGCCACUACUUUGAAAACCGGAAAGCUUUAGCCAGCCAUGCCAGAGCCCAUCUCAGACAGUUCGGGGUGACUGAAUGGCACAUCAACGGCUCACCGAUAGACACCCUGAGGGAAUGGAUCCGCCAGAAGCCCAACAUUAGCCCCGGUACCUCUGUGAACUGUGUGCAGGAUCGCCCCCUUCCAAAGCCCAUCAGAAACAAUAUCAAAUCAAUAGUUAAGGAGUUGCCAGGGGAGCUGUGUUCAUUACCAGGGGGUAAGACAGUGAAGUUGGAACCGGUGCAGCCCAAAACAGUAGAGUUGGGCUUCCCAACCUCACCGGUGCAGAAGAAUCCAGAGACAGACAAAAUGCCUCCGAACGAGUGCUACACUCCCACUGAUCUGAGCCAAAGCAACAUAACUGAAUGCACCCCAAGCUCCUCCAUGCCAUCCGAGGACGAGGAGCCCCAUCCAAAGAAAAAGAGAAAGCACCCAGUCAAGUUAGGAACCUGUGAGUAUUGUGGAGUGACACUAACCACGGGUGUAGGCCUCUCCAACCAUAUGCGUGGCCAUCUGAAAUCUGGAUUGAAAAGGAAGUUACCGAGUCUGUCUCAGUUUGAGGAACUCCACGAAAAGGCUGAACCUGCACUCACCGACACAUACAAUGAGCGUAAGCAACAAAAGCCAACGAUAUACACAGAGAACUUGUCACCGAAACGAGAGGAGGGGAAGGAGACAAAGACGUUCAGGUCAAAGUCAGAGGAACCCAAACCUCUCCGAGUCAGGCCUGUGAUCUUUCCAGUCCUGAAACCUGAGCCGCUCUCACUGGUGAAGUUUAUAGGAAACAUCUAUACUCUGAAAUGCAGGUUUUGUGAUGUGGAGUUCCAUGGGCCUCUCUCAAUUCAGGAAGAAUGGGUGAGACACCUUCAGCGACACAUCCUGGACGUGAACUUCCCGAAGGUGGAGGCUGUUCGCGAAGAGAUCUCCACGUCUGCUGAGCCUGAGAAAUAGGUUGAAUCUGCUGCCUGUGUAGAAACCUGGGUAGAUGGGGUCAGAUCGACAAGCGCAGUCUCUCUCCAAGACACAUGCCAUUCUUUUUUAUGUUCUAGUUUAGUGAAGUUUGGAAAGGUUCUUCUUUGCCUUUGAACGUUUAAGUCCCUGUGUAGUAAUGAAAGUAUCUGCCUUACGUGGGUUUCCUUAUAGAGUAAUUCUGCAUUCACCUCAUACAAUUAGAAUGUCGCGCAGAACAGCUUAGCCUUGAUUAAUGUUGUAUAGUCUAGAAGCAGUCACGUGCCACAGUCCUGUCGAGGAGAGCCGCAGUGUCAAGAGGGCGCUGAAGUAUGUGGCACUAAUGUAGCCGGGGCCACAGCUUGCUCCAGAUCCAUUUGGCCGCCUGCCGUUAAACCCCCAGGCAAGGAAUCCUGCAUUAAUUUGUGCCUUGGGAAAGACGGAAGGCAACACAAGGCAGAUGGAUGACAGUAACUUAGUCCAUUUUUAAUAACAUACCACUUGUUAAAUUGUUGUGAGUGAAGCUUAAAUUUGACGUGUCGCAGUUAAAGAUAACCAAAAGGACUCCUCUGCAGGCUGCCCUCCUCCUGCUUGUUGCGUUGAGGCAGAUACAGGCAGCUGUGACACAGAGGCGUGGACGUGGCCAUUGCUGUGCUGAGUGAAAGGGGGCUGUGCUGGUUUGGAUACAAGGCACAGGUCACCUGGUCCUGCCUGGCAUGAUGUCCAAGGCUGAGGCGCGUCCACUGGCAUAUCUGGCCCAUAGCCCGGGGGGGGGGGGGGUUCACUUGCAUUGCUGCCAGCCUCCAGUCCAAAAGUGGGCAGUGGGUUCUCCAGCAGAGUGGACAGCAACUCCCUCCGGAUCUGAAAGGGUGCUGUGUUACAAUGGGCUCUUCAGAUAGCAGAGUGCAGACAGCUAUGUAUACAUCAAUCCCUGCUCAAAGGCAAUACGGAGUACUUCAGUCUCACAGUCUGCCUGGUUUAACUGAAACGUUGGUAUGUCCGCUAGCAGGAAACCUGCUUUCCGCUUCCAUUAGGUCGGAAAGCCUUUGAAACAGAAUCCCUCCUCCCACAGUUGUGUAUUUUGCCUCACUCCUGCCACGUGUGGAUCGAGUCACACAAUUCUGUUUCUCGACUAACGGGCAUGUGGCUGUGAGGGUGGGUGGGUUGUGGGUGGGGGGGCAACGCGAGUCCAAAAGGGGGACGUUUAUUCCUCGUAGUCCAAGCCACUAAUUUCGCAUUUUGGUCAUAGAUGUUUCAGAAUUUAGUUGCAAUUUUAAUAUUUAGCGAAGGGGCUAUUUGCUUUUAAUGUGUUUAGGUCACCAAGUGGCAGUGCAUUUGCGCAGAAAGAUGUAGGUAUACUUGAUAGUUGUACUGUACAGAUGCCUUAUUUUUCCUUUUGUCGUCUUGUACGUGUGCUGGAUGAUGGUUGAUUUUAGCAAAGUGUAAAGCAGGUCCUUGAAUCUCUUGUGCUCCCUUUCACGUCCGUGGACCCCUUGUCACCUUGUGUCUGACGAGCAGAUAGAUGCAAGUUUCUCCCACAGGAACCAGCCCAGCCACUGCUUCCAGCAGGGUCACCUGCCUGCUCCAUCGGUUAUGCAUCGAAGAGAUCUCCCUGCUACUGGGGUGAUCGACCAUCCACUGGUCCUUUAGCAAGCCAGGUAAUGAUGCUGUGGGGAGGAAGAGGAGGGAGUUCUCUCAAGGCUGCUCAUUAGAAAGAUAUUCGUCAAAUUCAAAUCUCUCUUUCCUCUCUCCACCAAAACAAAAAAAAAUCUGUCUCAGAACCACCACUUCUGAUUUGUAAGUGGACUACAAAUGGUUGAUUUGUUUUGAUUGACUGUUUGAAUUAAAACCUAUUGUUUGUGAUCACUAUCUAUUUUCAGUGUUGUGAUGUGGGUCUGUGCAUCUAAUGCAGUUGGACUCUGUGACCAAAAAAAAAUAUCUUGUUACCUGUUUGUUCCUGUGACUGUGUAUUGUAACUUGGAGUGUACUGAAAUAUACCUUCAUAACCAAAGGUGCUAUGAAAUUGGUUGUUGGGUAUCAUAGAAAAAGAUUUUGUUUUCCAGAAUGGACUGUGUCUCAACACAUUUACACAACCCUUCAUUGAACCAGUGGAAAUUCAUUGUACGUAAAUCCCCUUCCGAUGGUCAUUUGGGUAGUUUAUUGUUGUGGGUUUUUUAGUGUAUUGGUAACAAAAUAUAUAUUUUGAAUAUUUCAUUUUAGUAUUGUGUUGAACCUUUUAAUUUUAGUUCUGAACUUCCCAUCUUCACUGCCAAACUGUCACUGCCACUCCUUCACCUUGGGUCUGGUACUUGCAAGAUGGAGGCAAGACCCUUCACUACGCUCCGCCGCUGGCAAACUUCUCACACUUCCUCAGACCCUGAGCCACACAGAUUCACGGUUAUUGUUUCUACAUGUCCGCUAUUAAGUUUGUCUGAACCCGCAACCACCUGUGUAAAUCCUGGGAUUUUGGUUGCUCCUGUUCGCUGGGGGGCACCUCGAUCUUUCCCUCGUAAUCCCAUCCCACUCCCAGAACAACCCAGGGAGUAAAUACAAAUUUUCUGCGCCGUUUGUGUAUUUUCAAUCUGGGUUUGUGUGGAGUAUUUUAAAUGGAGCAGAUCUUGAUUAUAUUUCAAAUGAGUCUUCCUGAACUGGGAACUCUUAUGGUAUUAAUACCAAUUUGUCACCUUGUUGCCAGUGGAGACGUUACUUGGAGUUGCCUCUUUUCUGAAGUUUGCUUGCUGUGCAAUCUGAUUGUUAGCAGCCCACGAGAUUGUUCUUUUGGCUUUUGAGAUUUCCUGGAGAUCUCUAGUCUUGUUGAUGGUCUGAUCACAUUUAAUGGCAGUGUGAAAUAAAUCUUUAUCUGCUUCAACAAUAACUCUUCCCAUCAAAUUCAAAGGCAUGGGAGUUGAUUCAACAGUCAGGUGGUUUUUAGGAGAGCAGCAUGUUAAGAGAGUAAUGUUUGGACCUGGUGCUGAGGCUUUGAAAGAGUUAAGUCAAUCAAUCCAACUUCACUGUUCGUUCUGAAUAGAAUUAAUUAUUUUCCUCCAUCUAUUCCUGUUAGUUUUGAUGAUCAAUCUUUGUAGGUUUAUCUUUUACUUGAAACUUUAAAGGAAUCUCUUGGGUAGUUGGCAGUGUCUGUUUGUCCUGGUUGUUGCGAUUGAAGAUUGUACCAGGGAGGUAACGUCUGUGACUAAAUCAGUGAAGAGGUGGAGAAAGGAAUCGGCUAUUGGCUCUGAACGUGGUUGCUAUUGCCUUCCAAGAAUCUGAAAUGUAUUUGAGAAUAAUUUUUUGGUAGUGCAAAUAUUUAAUUACUUAGGGUUGUGACAUCAAUGAUUUCUCUGGUGGUGGUUACUAUAAUGAGAUUUUGCUUUUUGUUUUAUUGAUGUAGUUGUAACUUCAUAAAAAUGCUUUUUAUUCUGUACCCCAACUUGUUCUUGCAUGUGCUGUUGAAUAUUACUGAUUCUCAACCCUUUGUAUUUUAACCCACUCCUUUUUUAAAAAAAGUAUUACAGCUACCACAAUAAAAGUGAAUUUUAAUUUUGCGCAGCUUGCAGAUUCACAGCUUUAAUUUCCCUUUUGUUAAUACAUGGAGUGUUGAGGAUAUGGAGUAAAACCGUUUUGAUCACCAUCUUCUGGCAAAAUCGUCCUGCACGAUCGGUCUGUGCAGAUGAACGUUUCCAAAGCAGAGUGAUAUUUCAGAAGUUUUGUUUCAACCAACUCGCCUCGUAGCAGAAAUGUGAUUUGAGUUUGUGAAUCAUACUGAGUUACUGGGUUUGUAGCCAGUGAGAUGGGCAGCCUUGAGUUUUGUGUUAAUUCCCAGAUUAUAAUAGGCAGUCCCAUUAAUUGUUCUUUUUGUUAAACUUUGAUAUCGUUUGCUGGAAAAGUAUUUUUUAAGGUGAACACAUGGGAAUUUUAACAUCAAACCAAUCAGUAAUGAGUUCAACAGCCAUGUGUAUAAUGUUUAAAUCACAUGGAAUGAGGCCCAAUCCAUUCUCAGAUGUAAAUGUUAGUGUUUUUGAAGGUAGGUGUAGAGUGGCUUACAGAUUCCAGCAAUUAGGUUACCAGGCAAUUGGUGAAGCAAUGCUGGUUGGGAUUUGGAAUUAUCUUGAUCAUUUCACUGUUUUGUCCCCUUUCAAAAUGUGAAUUGUCUUAUUCAAAAUGUACUCCGGAGAAUCUGUGGUUCUGCAAAGCUGCUCCACUUUGAAUGCUACAAGAAUAGCCACAUAAGGAAUGUUGAUAUGUACCCAACAAUCCACAGUGCAUCAUGGCAGUCCUGAGUGAAUGUUUGUAAUCUAGUUGUAAUUCUGAUUAUUUUUCAGUCUGAUUUUUGAUCAUGUAUGCAGAUCCCGCAUCCUUUUCAGCUGCCUUUGUUGUGUAGUGCUUACUCUGGACUGGAAUGUUCAGAUUUAUCGAUUUCUCCAAUCUCUCUAGACUGUUGGUCAGGCUCUGUAAGCUUGUUAGGGUUUCAUAUUUAAUAGUUAACCCCUGGGAGACUUAAAUCGUGGGCUUCUUGCUGAUGCUCACUUUGGCUUUGAUGGUUCCCAUGGCUCACUAACUUGCUAACAUCCUCUGACCAGAUCCAAGUAAUGUAUGAGAAACUCAUCUCCAGCAAAACAAAAUACUUUAUGUUGUCUCGGGACACCAGAUAGUAAGGAGAUAUAUUAGGAACCCGUACGAUGUUCCUGCAACCACAUGGAGGUCACUGGCUUUGCCAUUUAACCAGUUGGGCUAGCCAGUUAGAUUAUGAGUGGAUAGCUGCUUAGAGUUAUUGGGCAUGACCUCAUAUGACCUGUUUUACCUCAACAUGAUUAAGUGAAUUGUUCUGCACUGUAAAUAGGGCUAGGACAUCUGCGGCAAUAGUAAAUAUAUUGUCUAGGGCAUCUGCUAUGAAUCUUUCCAUGAAUUGAGGAAACAUUCAUGACUUUUGAGCUAUCCAAAUACACAGGUGUGAAUCUGAACAAUUACCCGUGUAAGUUUCUGAAAUGUUGCUUGGAGUGAUGCCGUCCCACUUUUCCCAGUUCCCCUGCUGAUUUUGCUUUAAGAUUCUGAAGAGAAACUUGACUGCAUUAGGCCUCAUAUUCUGUGGAAAAUCAAUGGAGGGCUUGGGUUGUUUAGUUUGGAGAUCCUUGCAGACAGUUACAACUUGUGGAAGUGUGGGUUUUUGUGUUCGGUUGAUCUGCAUGUUCUACCAGAGACAGGUGCAGUAAAGUACACAUGCUGUGUGAGGUCAGUAGUUCUUGGAUUAGACAUGUAAUGUGAAACUACAUUGCCAUCCAGUUUCUACCAGUAAAAUGCUGCUUAUCUGGGGACUAUACCUGAAUGCUAAAAUUAUGGUAAAAGUACCCAGGACGAUUAAUCUACAUGUUGAGCAGGUGUUUCAUGACUGAAAUUGCAGUACAAGGGUUCCGUUUUUGUAGCUAUCACUGUUAUACAGAUUGGAACUAUGUUUUUUUUAAUUAAAAAGAACACUAUAAUAGAAAACGUUGCAUGUCAUUUCCAAUGGACAUGCUCUGAAUAUUGUUGCUGCCCAAAACAUCUUGUUCCUGAAUUCCAGAACAAUUUUUCACUCUCAACAGGAGUAGCUAGAAUAAGAAGUGUAUGCAAUCGUCAUAUGGACCAUCACGGUUUGAAUAAAUUGUAUUUUGGUGAUCUUGCAGCAUUAAAAAUAAAAAACCCCUGAGUGAUCGAUCACAAGGUCAACUCUUGAAAUUCUGAGGUGGGGUUGGGCAUGUAGGGGGAAGAUGCAUUAACUGUGACUAGAGCUAUCUUUCUGUGCUUCUUUUCUUUGAGGCAGGUAUAUGUUGGAAGGAAUACAACAGAUGUUGGAAAUGUGAAAAAGUAAAACCUUGAAGUGCACAAAGCAACAGUUCAGUUGCAGAUGCUGUUUUUCAAAUCUUUUAAUCUCUUAAAUAUCAAUGUAGCAGACUGUGGUUAAUUUAUUUAUUUUUCCUGAUUAGAAACUCUGGAUUGAAAGCUUCCCUGAAUGUGUGAUGAUACUCAGUCCAUUCCUUUGAUUGUCCCCCUCCUCUCCCCAUGCACAGUACUGUUAAGGUUGUCAUUCUGCUUUUGUAUAAUGUAUUUUGUAGGUUUAAAAAGUCACUUUUACACUUGGAAUUUUAAUUCAUGGUCUUAAGGUGUUUCACUGAUGCCAGCCACAGGAUGAUAAAGUAUUGGACAAGCUCCUUUAUAUGGAAGCCAGGAUCACUACAGACACAUUUUUUGAAAAAAUUGUCAACGCAUUAACCUGAUAUUCAUGUUGAGAUAUUGUAAAAAGAAAUUGUUGCAUGGUGUAAAAUAGUUUGAGUUCCUGUAGUCAGCUGCAGUUCUUGACCUAGUUUGUACCAAGAUGUGGUGAAUAAAGUACUAAAGGGUAGUUAGGCUUGAUAUAAUAUAGGUGUAACCCUACAAAGAGUAGAGCAGAUCUAAGGUAUGCCCUAUGGAAUCCUUGUGGCAUGGCUUUAAUAUGCUCCUCGUUAGUAUCUAAAUAGGUGUUAAUGUUUUUGCCUCUUAAUCAUGUGGUCACUGUCAUAACUAAACAAGUGAGUACUGCUUGGAUUAUUUUCCUUGCAUUGGGUAGUAUUACCUUUCUUCCUCUCUCCUAGGUCAAAUUCAUUUGACAUCCAGGGAGGUUGUUUCUUUUUAAUGGGAGGAGGUCAAACAUUCAAGCUAGAAGCUUCCCUUUACCAAAGUGAAAUAAGGUACAGGACUAGCAUUAAUGUUCAAGGCUGAGUUUUCAUUCAGUAUUACCCUGCAUAUUAAGAUGCAAGAUUUCUAUAGAUAUUUGACAACACUCUAGCUGGAUGAAGGAUUAAACCGAAAAGCUCAGUAUAUAGAUAUUACUGCAGGGCACGAUCCUAACUGCCAUUUUCUCUUGGUACAUAAUGAGGACCAGUAGAGAUUAAUCAUUGUAUAAUGAAUGCUGUUGUCCAUGGUUUUAAAAUACUAUCGUAAGCUACAAUUCAGUAGCUAUGGUGAAAUUUCCUGUGCUCAGGUUUGAUGCGUGAAAUAUUUGAAAUUCAACCUUUAGUCUCUACUGCUGCUUAUUUGUAUCCUGCACCGUUGCUGUUCUGUUGCUGGGGUCAGUGGAACACAUUUGUAAUUAGGUAGACACUGCAUUUUAUAAUUUUUUUUAAAUAUGUAAACUUGAUUGCGCACACAGCUGUAUAGGGCUGUAUUUACUGAUUUGUAAUGGAGUCAUUUAUAAAUUUAGUAUAUGGUAAAGCUUCUAAGGAAGAUGUGUACAACACAUGUUAACUCAACUUUCCACACUAACUUCUGUUCUUAAACUGUUGAAGGUUAAACAAACCAAACUGGAAGCUGGUGCCUCAGAGGUAUAAACUGUUACUGCUGUACAUGUUACUGAAGGUUGUGUAUCAUUUACUCCAAAUAAACAAAACCCAAAAUAAAAA